AUGGAGGGAGGCAGGAAAGACGAAGCGGGGCGAGCGUUGAAAAAGAGACCCGGACCCGAAGCUGAACGGAUGGGCCCGGCCGGCGGCGCGGCCCCGCUCCCCCCCCAGGCCGGUGGGGGUUAUCACGGCCACAUGGUGAUGAUCUCCACGGAGGCCCGUGCGGGUCGAUCACCUACACUGGCAAAGGCUCCCAGGAACAGCCCGCCAGCAGAUAAGGGCAGAUGGAAUACAAGCACGCACGAAGUGGACUACCUACCUUUAUGUGGAGGCUUCUGUAUGAGGCCCGAGGGGCCCCGACGGCUGUCGGCCCACGGACGGACACCCCGGAGGGCCUGCCCCUUGGUGACGAUACUGGACCCUGCAUCUGGGUUUCUGGGUGGCUCGGAGAAGGAUGUCCCUGACGCAGUGAGUCCUGUGGGGCCAGAGGGCUCUGAACCCCUCCGGUUUACCGGUGACCGGGAGGGAGGAGGCGCACCGGCUCUAAGUGUGAGGCCUGCGCUGGGUGAGACUCGUGGGCCCAGAUGUUAUCUGGCAGCGCAAACGACGCCGGGGAGGUGCAGGGGACGGAGAGUGCUGGGACUUUUGUGGGGGGUCUCAUGGACUGACCCGGACCCCGAGUGCCCACGGCAUCGCAGAGCGCCCCGAGGGGGCCUGAGUCCAAGGGGUGGACAGACGGAAGACCGACACCCUGAGGGACCGUACCGAUCCGGUAUGCAGAUAGCUUACAGUUAUAUAAUUCAGCACAACAUGCACCGCUGACAACUACGGGACUAUACCUAUAAGCAAGCUCACGUGCAAUUCUGGACACCUGAGCAGCUUCUCAACUGAGCUUUGAUACAUAUAAAGAUUGACAGGGGGGCUUUUAUACAUGUUCUCAGUUAAUACCAUUUCAAUGCGAAAAAAAAAUAAAAAAAAAAAUAAUAAUUUUUUUAAGGAAUAGCCCGCAACCUAUGUUUUAACAGCUGCAUGCAGUCCGCAUCUAUUCCGCUUACAUGAUGCUGUAUCUAACUUACCAAUUGAAUGUGCAGUAAAUGCUAAAAUGCCCAUAAGGGCCAAAGGUAGACACUGAUAAAUAUGUAUCCACUGACUGCCGCACGAGAGUCGGGACAGUCGCCUAUAACUGUAUACCUGAUAUCCAAAUAGCUUUAGUAUUGAUUAAGGCGACAAAUUGCAAACAAAUACGCUCUUUAUGCUGAAAGUUGAAAAAGUUUUGAUACCUUAAAUUGUUACUUAAUGUCAGACCCUAACUAGCAAGCUAAUCCGUUUGCCUCUACAUGGGAGACAAUCCGCAUUUACUAAUUAGCACACACGCAGCACUGGUAUACACCAGAUAACAUAAAACACUUACUUAACGCUAUAAUCGAAAUAAUAAGGCAACACAGUACAUAAGAGUAUAAAACAUAAAGCAACCACAUACGAACACAAACACAAGACAGGACGAUGUCGCCGAUACGCAGGCAACCAAAUGCAUACGCAGUGUCAAACCAUUGUCUGUCAACACAAAACACUUACUUAACGCUAGAAUCGAAAUAAUAUAGCAAUACGGCACAUGAGAGUAUAAAACACAAUGCAACCACAUGUGAACACAAACACAUGACAAGACAAUUUCGCCUCCACGCGGGCAACUAAAUGUAUAUGUAAAACAGGAUAAGCUAAACAGGCUAAGACGGAUCCGCCUCUGCGUAGGCAACCAAAAUUAUAUACUGUGUUGAACCAAUGCUUAAGCCCCUGCGUGGGCACCACUUGCUUUAUUACAAAUCAGUUUGACGUAUGAACCUAUGUUUUUGUUUAAAGACAUGUUAAGCUAAACAGGCUAAGACGGAUCCGCCUCUGCGCAGGCAACCAAAAGUAUAUACUGUGUUGAACCAAUGCUUAAGCCCCUGCGUGGGCAAUCACUUGCUUUAUUACAAAUCAGUUUGACGUAUGAACCUAUGUUAUGCAUACAAUAAAAAUAUUCAAAACAAAAAGAUGAAAAAAGAAUGUAUCAAGUUCAAGUUCAACCUUGAAACCCAUUAUUUUAUGCUAAUGAUCCAAAAGAAGACAAAAAAACAACUGUAGCUAUCAAAAAAAUACUUUUGACUCCAUAAUCCAUUUCUUCUUGGAUCAACAACAUGUUCACAUACAUAUUUAUAUCCUUAAAUAUAUUGUUUAUGCAAAAAACUAUGCAAACUUUUUAAAUUUUUUUUUUACUAAAAACAAAUAUCUAUAGAAUCUAAUAAGACAAUCAUAAUCUAUCUGCAUACUGUUGCCCAGUGUUCGAUGUAUAAUUGUGCUCAAGUCUUUUUUAUUUAAUGUUGUUUUAUUUAUUUUUAUUUAAUGUUAUCCCUAACGAGUUGUUAUGAGGGUUGAAGUCUCUGGGCAUUGUCAUACUUUUAGGGGCUAAACAGUUUUUAAAUGUUUCAACACAUAAGUUGUUCCACUGAGCAACUGUCUUCUCUGCCUCAUCUACCCUUCCUCCAGCCAUUGUUCACUCCAGGAAGGAUUGUCUUGGUGAUUUGACACUCUCAGCCUAUCACUGGUCACUCAUUAUGAUUUAUAGUACAUGACUUCAGCCCCCAUAACAAAUUUAUUGAGAGUAAGUUGUUAUAGGACCCAGUCAGGUAUAUAUGUCCCUUUAAACUGGUCUGCAUGGAACUUGUAAUGUUACACUCUUUUCUACCUAAGUUUAAUUCAUACAUUAUUACUUUUAUAGAACAGUAUCUUUAUGCAAAGAGCAUGUGAAGAUAAGCUUUCAUUGUUGAAGAAUCAAGACAUAGCUGCAUGCUGUGCUAAAAAAGAUCCAGAUACAAAUAAAUGUUUCCAAGAAGUCCAAGGUGGUCUUUCUGAAAAUAUGUCUGAACGCAACAAAUUAAUCCCAUACUGGAAACUGUGUAUGUUAUAUAUUACUGAUCAGAGAACUUUUGUGGAACAGUAAGUUUAUUCAACCCCUUCCAUGCCACCCUGAAGGUAGUGGGCAUGGAAAAUCCUUUACUUUUGGUACAAGAAGGGUUCAAUCUUUGGCCAACAAGAACUGUUAACUGGGGUCAUAUUUAGUGGUCCAACACUGACAGGUAAGCUGUAUGCAGCACUCAAAGUAAGCCUGCAUACAGCACUUUAAAUGAUGAACACUAUAGUUAAAACUAUAGUGAAAACUCAAUGAUGACAAUUUACGAAUUGGUACAAAUACCCAAGGAAGAACCUUUAAAGAAAAACACCAUGAUAAUUUUGUUUGACAUGCAAAGUACAAGCAAAUGUACACUAACAUAUGCACAAUUUUAAAAUGUAGAGAUAUCACUAGUGUCAAUAGAAUUAGUCUUCAUUGGGUUCUGUGUUUAUGUGGAACUUUUUCAGUUUAAGUAGUUGUGUGAUUGCAUUGCCUAAUUCCAUAAAUCACUACUAAGAGUGUAUAUAAUUUAAAAUAGUUAAGCUAUUUUUAGUAAUGUCCACAGAACAAUUUAAUUUGAAUUUGAAUAAGGUGCAUUUUAAGGCUCUUAGUAUCUAUAUUUUUUCUGUAUGGAGUGUGCUGUGCUAUAAAAUCUUUUGGGGGUGCUAAUGUGUCAUGAGAAGAGCAUCCAAGUGCAAUUAUGUGAUAAUGUAACUCUUUGCUUCUCACUGCUUGUUCUUGCUCAUGUUGAAAGGCCACCAAAUGCAUUUUUUGGCUACAACUGACCCAGUUAAUGUUAUAAUUCUUCUUUAUAGACAAAUAUAUAAGUUUUCAAGACAAUACCGGAAAUGUCCUUCCAAGUUAAUGUCUCGAAUAAUAAUAACAUCAACACAAUUAUACACUAGCUGCUGCAAAGACGCAGCAUUGUUUAAAUGCUUCAUUGAAAUGGUAAGUAAUGGACUUGAUGUGAUCUCAAUGGAAAAAUUAAUAAAAGAUAAUGCAAAGAAUGUAAAGAAUGUUUCAGAUAAUAUAUGUCAUCUGGUCACAAUGAAGUUUCACAGUUUGGAGUGUAUAGAGCUUACUUUCUGUGUCAAUAGUAUAAAUUAUAAAAUUUCAAAGAAAAUACAUUUUUUUGUUAGAGCUCAGUAAAACAGGGAGUAAUAAUGCAAAAUGUUGUAAAUCACGAGAAAAUAAAUAACUACUUGGACUCUACUUUUCUAGAUGUUUAGAGAACUAAAGAAAUACUAUUGCAGUAGUAUACAAAACUGUACUCCUUACCCUAUGGCAUUCCUUUCCCUUUGCAAUUCUUAGCAAUCCUUAGCAAUCCUGGUGUUGAAAGGAUUAAAAUCCUUUAUUUUACUUACCUCUUUCCAGGACCAAGGUCCCUUCACGCUGGACCGCUCUGCUCUUCCAGCGACAUCACGGGGGACGCAUUAGCCCAUCCCCAUGUGGAAUCAAUGCUUUUCUUUGGGGAGUUUAAAGACACUGUACGUCCAAAUAUAAAGUGUGAGGAUGUUAAAUGUCAUUUCAUGGAGUUAAACUUAUUGAAAAUGCAGGAAGCGCCUCUAGUGGAUGUAUGGAAGCCACUGGAGGAUUUCUUAACCCUGCUGUAUUACCAUUUCUCUGACACUACAAUGUUUUACACUGAAGGGUUAAGGGACCAGGGGCCCUUCACCCAGACCACUUCAAUGAGAGGAAGUGGUCUGGGUGUCUAUAGUGUCACUUUAAUCAAUAAUAAAAGCAGGGCCUUUUUGAUAUUUAGUGAUCAUAGUACAUAGGCAAAAUGGCGGUCUCCCUGCAUUUUUGUUGUUUUAUGUUUAAUGACUUUGGUUUGUUUCUUAAAUAUGUGCCCUCUUCUAUAACAGGAAUUGCAUCUUCAGAACACAAUACAAAAUCUAAUAAAGGACAGCAAUAUAAUAUGUAAAGAAUAUAACAAUACUGGAGAAGUAAAGACCAUACUCUGGUAAGAGUUUUUUCAGUGUUUUUAAUAUCUUCUAUACAGAUUUUAUCUAUGCUCUUUAAAACAAAGUACAACACCAGUUUUACACAGCGUGGGACAGUAGUUCCCCCCCCUCAUUAUCAUUAUGGCCCCCACCUGCCGCCCAGGGGUGGGGGCCAUAGGGGGGGUGGACAGUAGGCCCCCCCUCAUUAUCAUUAUGGCCCCCACCCGCCGCUCAGGUGUUAGGGCCGGGGGGGGCAGUGGGUCCCCCCAUUAUCAUUAUGGCCCCCACCCGCCGGCCAGGGGUGGGGGCCGGGCGGGGGGCAGUAGGUCCCCCUCCCAUUAUCAUUAUGGUCCCCACCCACCGCACAGGGGUGGGGGCCAGGGGGGGACAUUAGGUCUCCCCCCUUAUUUUACUUUAGGGCCCCCACCCGUCGUUUAGGGGUGGGGUCCAAUAGUUUAUUUUUUAUUUUUUUUACAGUGAGCAGCCACAGGCUGCUGAUUGUUUACCAGACAUGCCCCUACUCGUGGUAUAGCGAGUAGGGGCAUAUUAUUUACUAAUACUAAGUAACCUUUACUCAGCAUUAGUAAAGUUGGCUGAAAGACCAAUUUAGGUCUUUCAGCCUUUUAGCAGAUAACUCCCUGAUACCGUGGGAAUUAGGGAGUUAUCUACUAAGCGGCUGCAAGAUGCAGCCACAGCACAAAUAGGAUCAGAGUUUCAUUCAUUCGAAAAUGCCGAAUUGCGUUCUAAAACAAACGAACAUACUGUUCUCAUUCAGUUAGAACGCAAUUCGGCAGUUUCAGCUAAAAUGACAGGGAGCAUCGCGGGAACACAGAGGAAAGGUAAGGAUCAUGGGAAAAUUGCUCUGACCAGCGGAAAUGAAGCACACUUUGCUCCUCCGCUGGUCAGAGCUGGUCAAGCGAAGGAAUCCUCCAUAAGGCGAAGAGUCCCUACUUUGUCUUAUGAUUUUAAAGAAAACUAAAGAAGACAGGAAGAAAAGAACAGACCCUGAGAGAGGGGGAGAAGAGGAAGAGAUUGAGGAAAGGUAAGUUCGGCAUGACAGUGCCGCUUUAACUAUCCACAGACUUCAGGUGGAAGGAGUUUUCAAUCACAAUUUUUCCCCAACAUAACCUAUUUGUAUUUUGCUUCCCAAGCACUACCAAGCCUCAAUAAGCAAACCAGUAACUGACCUCAUGCUGAUGAGUUGCAUUAACAACGAAACAGCUGUCCUUGAGUAGUUUACUGACUUUGCAUCUUUUCCUAAGUUGUGUUUCAACUGUUGUAUACAGCAAACACAGACUAAAAGGAAUCCAUGUUUAAAAUGGAUUGAGGCAAAAAUGUGAUUCUUUGUUAAGCUAAUUUGCAUAUGCCCACCCAGAAUCCUUUGCGGUAGUAACAUCACUGAAGAUUUGUGAUUUCUGUGGGAAAAGCAAGUCUUAUGGCUUGACUGGUGUGCAGAUAUUUGUUUAACAUUGUAUUAACUAUAUAUCUAUUACCUUUUUAUUUAUUUAUUUAAAACUUUUUUUUUACUUUUUCCACCAGCAGGGUGACUGCCUGUCAGUUCAGUCACUCCCCCUGCUGGAAGCACUGUGGACACCUAUUGUGGCCAUGUGACCGCUCUUUUAGAGCAUUCCCAUGGCCCCUGGGGGUCCUAAAUUGGAGAAGACUGAUCGCUGGUGGGGGAAUGGGGGCGAUCAGUAAGUACAUUGGAAGGGAGAUGGCUUCCGAUGCUCUGCCUCACUGCCGGGCUCCACGUGAAGCAACCUGGAAGUGAUCGCUCAGGGGGGAGUGAUCCCCGGUGUUCUCCGGCGGCCACCAGCAGUGAGGGGGGUAGGCAGUGAUGCCUCAACAUCGAGGCAUUGCUACAAUACCAUUAGAGCUGGUGGAAGCGAUCAUGAUCACUUCCAGUGCUUUAAUUCACCGUGAAUGUAUCAGGUACGUCCCCGGUCCUUAAGGACCGUUUUUUGUCGGACGUACCUUAUACGUCCAUGGUCACUAAGGGGUUAACCAAUCAUUGUUAACAGGAGUAGUCCCAGAAGAUUGGAAGUUAGCGAAUGUUGUGCCUAUUCACAAGAAAGGUAGUAGUGAGGAGUCGGGCAACUAUAGACCAGUAAGCCUUACUUCAGUAGUGGGGAAAGUAAUGGAAACCAUGUUAAAGGAUAGGAUUGUUGAACAUCUAAAAUCACAUGGAUUUCAAGAUCAGAGACAACAUGGGUUUACUUCAGGGAGAUCAUGCCAAACUAAUCUUAUUGAUUUUUUUUAAUUGGGUAACUAAAAUAAUAGAUCAGGGUGGUGCAGGCGACAUUGCUUACCUAGAUUUCAGUAAGGCUUUUGACACUGUUGCACAUAGAAGGCUUAUCAAUAAACUGCAAUCUUUAAGUGUGGAUUCCAAUAUUGUUGAAUGGGUAAGAUAGUGGCUGAAUGACAUGCAACAGAGGGUUGUAGUCAAUGGAGUAUAUUCAAAGCAUGGUCUUGUCACCAGUGGGGUACCUCAGGAAUCUUUACUUGGACCCAUUCUCUUUAAUAUUUUUUAUUAGUGAUAUUGCAGAAGGUCUUGAUGGUCGGGUAUGUCUUUUUGCUGAUGAUACUAAGAUAUGUAACAGGGUUGAUGUUCCAGGAGGGAUAAAACAAAUGACAAAUGAUUUAGGUAAACUAGAAAAAUGGUCCGAGUUGUGGUAACUGACAUUUAAUGUGGAUAAGUGCAAGAUAAUGCAUCUUGGACGAAUAAACCCAAGGGCAGAGUACAUAGUUACAUAGUUACAUAGUUACAUAGCUGAAAAGAGACUUGCGUCCAUCAAGUUCAGCCUACCUCACAUUUGUUUUUUGCUGUUGAUCCAAAAGAAGGCAAAAAAAAACCAGUUUGAAGCACAAUUUUGCAACAAACUAGGAAAAAAAUUCCUUCUUGACCCCAGAAUGGCAGUCAGAUUUAUCCUUGGAUCAAGCAGUUAUUACCCUACAUUGAAAGAUUAUAUCCUUGAAUAUUCUGUUCUUGCAAGUAUGCAUCUAGUAGCCGUUUGAACAUCUGUAUGGACUCUGAUAAAACCACUUCCUCAGGCAGAGAAUUCCACAUUCUGAUUGUUCUUACAGUAAAAAAACCUUUCCUUUGCCUUAGACGAAAUCUUCUUUCUUCCAGUCUAAACUCAUGGCCUCGUGUCCUAUGUAAAGUCCGGUUUGUGAAUAGAUUUCCACACAAUGGUUUGUAUUGGCCACGAAUAUAUUUGUAUAAUGUUAUCAUAUCCCCUCUCAGGCGACGUUUUUCUAAACUAAAUAGGUUUAAAUUUGUUAACCUUUCUUCAUAGCCGAUAUGUUACAUUCCUUUUAUUAAUUUUGUAGCCCGCCUCUGCACUUUUUCUAGUACAGAAUAUUUGAUAGAGUCCUAACCUCAACAUCUGAGGAAAAGGAUUUAAGGGUGAUUAUUUCUGAUGACUUACAGGUAGGCAGACAAUGUAAUAGCUAUGAAACACACAAGUAAUAUUAUGGCGCUGAAUCAAUUGAUAUUACUAAAUAUAUAACAAGCAGCACUAUAUACAGUGAAAAAGUUAAAUCAAGUGUAACUAUACCAAAUCAAAAAAGUAAAGUGCGCUGUGCCUUUAAGACCAAAAUGAGUAAUUAAAUAAGUGGGAAUAACAUGUGCAAUAUUGAAUAGCAAAAAGUGACCAAGUGCAUUUGUGCAAAACCACACUUAUAAAUGUGUAUAUAUAUAUUACAAACGUAGUGCAAUAUACAAUAAAAAUUGUACUUAGCUUUCCCACUUGGAAUAUACCUUAAUCUUGUAUCGUUAAUUUAAAUAUAGAUCUCAAAAAAACAAAGGGGGAAAUACAAAAUCAUAGGAUAGUAUGUUUGAAUAUAAUCUAUGUAAAAUAUGAAUGAAAACACUCACAAGGGUAGAGCAAUUUAGUCUGCUCUGAACUUUGAUGGCAUCUAGUGCAACAUAUGCAAACUGGAAGCUGUGGUGACGGUUGAAAUCUUUAUUGACACUUUCAGAAUUAAAAACUGCUCCACAGGCUGAAAAGUCCCUUUAUUCCAUAUAUCCUCCGCUUUCACUGUGCUGUGAUGGUUUGUAGGCUCUCCUGGUCCAAGCGCCGGCUUGCUGGACUCUGAGUGCCGAAAUCAGUCUUUCACAAUCAAACACUUCCGGGAGGCGGGGCUUUCGGCCGUUGAGCGUAAUGACGUAAUUACGUCAAAAACGUGAUGACGCGUUUCGUCGAUACGCUCGGCUUCAUCAGAUCCAUCUUUUGACUCACCACAGUCUCUAUUUAAGUCCCAUUCAAGGGCAUGUUUGCCCAAAUCAGUUCACAAGAUUGUCUCUCUAAUUGGCUUAUUGCUAAUGCCUAAUUUGCAUGCUUAAUAAACUUAAUCAUGUGCAAAUCAACCGCAGGGUAUUAUUCACUAAAAUGCUAAAAGGCACCAGAUAUAAUUAUACUCAAAUAUCAAGUGAGAUACAGACACAUUCUAACAGUAUUAAAAAUAAAAAUAAGAUUUUUUAGUAUUAAUAAUAAUAAUAGCACUAAUGUUUUAAAUGGAAUAGCCUUCCAGCUGAAGUGGUAAAGUUUAACACAGUGAAGGAGUUUAAGCAUGUGUGGGGUGCGAUAGGCAUAGAUGGGCCCAAUGGUUCUUAUCUGCCGUCACAUUGCCAUAGGUUCUUCCUUAAUAUAUACGGAGGAGAAAUAUUUAUUUAAAAUGUCUUCCUUUUUCUGGUCUUCAUUAACUAACACAACCUUCCCGGUUUUUAGUAUACCUACACUUUCAUUUUUUUUUUUUUUUUUAGAAUUUAUGUAUUUAAAAAAUGCUUUGGGGUUUGUUUUGCUCUCUUUGGCUAUCAUUUUCUCAUUUUGAAGUUUAGCAAAUCUAAUUGCCUUUUUGCACACAUUAUUGGCUUCCUUAUAUCUUUUAUAGGAUGCCUCUGAUUUGUCUGAUUUAAAGGCUUUGAAUGCCCUUUUCUUAUUUUGAAUUUCUUGAUUCACUUUCCCACUAAGCCACAGAAUUUACUCUAAUUGAACAUCCCAUAUAUUUCAACAUGUUAGAUAAACUCCGGACACCUAUUACGUCUGCAGGAAGUUCCACUAGAAUUGUGCUUGUCAUGUCAUUGUUUUAUUAUUUAUGAGCCCACUGUAUAGUAGUUGGAGUUAAAGGAAGUCUACAGGGAGUGCAGAAUUAUUAGGCAAAUUAGUAUUUUGACCACAUCAUCCUCUUUAUGCAUGUUGUCUUACUCCAAGCUGUAUAGGCUCGAAAGCCUACUACCAAUUAAGCAUAUUAGGUGAUGUGCAUCUCUGUAAUGAGAAGGGGUGUGGUCUAAUGACAUCAACACCCUAUAUCAGGUGUGCAUAAUUAUUAGGCAACUUCCUUUCCUUUGGCAAAAUGGGUCAAAAGAAGGACUUGACAGGCUCAGAAAAGUCAAAAAUAGUGAGAUAUCUUGCAGAGGGAUGCAGCACUCUUAAAAUUGCAAAGCUUCUGAAGCGUGAUCAUCGAACAAUCAAGCGUUUCAUUCAAAAUAGUCAACAGGGUCGCAAGAAGCGUGUGGAAAAACCAAGGUGCAAAAUAACCGCCCAUGAACUGAGAAAAGUCAAGCGUGCAGCUGCCACGAUGCCACUUGCCACCAGUUUGGCCAUAUUUCAGAGCUGCAACAUCACUGGAGUGCCCAAAAGCACAAGGUGUGCAAUACUCAGAGACAUGGCCAAGGUAAGAAAGGCUGAAAGACGACCACCACUGAACAAGACACACAAGCUGAAACGUCAAGACUGGGCCAAGAAAUAUCUCAAGACUGAUUUUUCUAAGGUUUUAUGGACUGAUGAAAUGAGAGUGAGUCUUGAUGGGCCAGAUGGAUGGGCCCGUGGCUGGAUUGGUAAAGGGCAGAGAGCUCCAGUCCGACUCAGACGCCAGCAAGGUGGAGGUGGAGUACUGGUUUGGGCUGGUAUCAUCAAAGAUGAGCUUGUGGGGCCUUUUCGGGUUGAGGAUGGAGUCAAGCUCAACUCCCAGUCCUACUGCCAGUUCCUGGAAGACACCUUCUUCAAGCAGUGGUACAGGAAGAAGUCUGCAUCCUUCAAGAAAAAACAUGAUUUUCAUGCAGGACAAUGCUCCAUCACACGCGUCCAAGUACUCCACAGCGUGGCUGGCAAGAAAGGGUAUAAAAGAAGAAAAUCUAAUGACAUGGCCUCCUUGUUCACCUGAUCUGAACCCCAUUGAGAACCUGUGGUCCAUCAUCAAAUGUGAGAUUUACAAGGAGGGAAAACAGUACACCUCUCUGAACAGUGUCUGGGAGGCUGUGGUUGCUGCUGCACGCAAUGUUGAUGGUGAACAGAUCAAAACACUGACAGAAUCCAUGGAUGGCAGGCUUUUGAGUGUCCUUGCAAAGAAAGGUGGCUAUAUUGGUCACUGAUUUGUUUUUGUUUUGUUUUUGAAUGUCAGAAAUGUAUAUUUGUGAAUGUUGAGAUGUUAUAUUGGUUUCACUGGUAAUAAUAAAUAAUUGAAAUGGGUAUAUAUUUGUUUUUUGUUAAGUUGCCUAAUAAUUAUGCACAGUAAUAGUCACCUGCACACACAGAUAUCCCCCUAACAUAGCUAUAACUAAAAACAAACUAAAAACUACUUCCAAAAAUAUUCAGCUUUGAUAUUAAUGAGUUUUUUGGGUUCAUUGAGAACAUGGUUGUUGUUCAAUAAUAAAAUUAAUCCUCAAAAAUACAACUUGCCUAAUAAUUCUGCACUCCCUAUAUAUGUGAACAAAUGCUGUAAUGCUAUUAUUGUACUAGUAAAAUGUUCUCAUUGGCUUAGAGGCAUUCAGUAAUUCUGUUUUGCUAUUUAUUUUCUCACUGAAGGGGGAUACAAUAUUUCACGUCACUUCAUCCGAAAGGUUCAAUGACACAAGCUGUUGAAUUUGCAAAUUCAUAUGAACAACUUUCUUCUAACUGCUGUAACAAAACAUUUUGGACCGCUGACUGUUUUUUGGAUGAAGUAAGUUGUAAUUUUCAUGAUUCACAUAUCUUUCAUAGUUUAUAAAUACUGUGAAAGACCAUAUAAUGUAACUCUUAGGAGGCUCAUGUUUUUGAAAGAUCUAUGAGGUUGCCAUUAUUUUCAGUAUAUAAGCAUAUUGUAUUGUAUGUGACAAGAACUGAGUGAACACUACUCUCUACUGGCCAAACCCUUGUACUACAGCUACAUACAGAAUAAAUGCAUAAGCCAUUAAAAAUGGUUAUUGAUUCAUUCUGUGAUUUGAAAGCAUCCAAAACAUAGUUAUAAUUUGUUACAAUGUAACAAAUAAUCCUUUAUGCCACAUUAAAAAUGAUCUUUAUAGGGGCGGAGCUUAGCCACUGAACCGAGCGGAUGCCAUUCCUGGGUGCUCUGGCAAAACGGAGGAAAAUCAAUGGCAAUCAUAGCCUUACAAGCCAAAUCAGCCCAAGAGACCAACAGGCAGAGCAAGAGGGUAGCACCAGCGACCGACUGAUGCCCUUUUUAUUCCCGCAGAUGGGCAGGAAGGUGCAAGGUAAAGUUAAGGUCUACCUCGCUUACGCGGCCUUUGGAUCAGCGCUGCACAAUGUAGUGUACUCCAUCACUACACCACUCAUGGAGAACGGGACAUCCAAAACCUCAUUAGACAUGGUACAGUAAUCCCAGCGAAUAGCUACAGGUGCGUGUAAAGACACCAGCAGCAUAAGCACAAUGCUGCAGCGCUCUGCGGCCCCAAAGAUGGCUGCCAAGCCUGAUCUAGACACAGGCUCCAUUUACUCUGAGCAAGCCCUGGGGGAUACCACAGACCCACAGUCACCCCUGGACGUGCAGAUAGACCCUGAUGCGCUUACACUGGCUACCAAACUGGACAUUAGAAACCUCUUGCUAGAAUUGAAGCAGAUGUCUGCUGCAUACAUGGCCCUAAUGAGGACAGAGGUCCAAGCGGUGACCGACCUCGUGAAAACCUCAGAAGAGGAUAUAAUAGACAUACAACAAGUGAGGGGUCUUAAAGAAACAGUGCUACAACUCCAAUCCUCCCAAUCAGCUCUGCUCAAUAAGCUGGAUGCCACAGAGGACAAAAGCCACAGAAUAAAUGUAAAAAUCCGUGGCAUCACUGAUGAAAUAGGCCAGUCGGAAUUGCCACACUACCUCAGGCGCUUCUUCGCUACCUUACUACCACAUACGCAGGCAAAAAAAGCUGGCUUUUGCACGAAUCUUUCACAUCACCAAACCUCUCCUGGCAUCCAGUUACAUGAUCAUUCAGUGCCAAACCCUAACUGCCAGAAAUAACAUCUUUGCAGCUGUGAAAGGCAAAACGCUGCUUGACUUCGAGUCUGCCAAUCUCACCUUCUAUCAGGACCUAACCAGUACCACCCUCCAGUGGAGGAGAACUCUGGGCCCAGGGACCAAUCGACUACAAGGAGCCAAUAUGACCAUUGGACAAUGCCUAAAACCCUAUCGGUUGAGCACAAGGCACCACUCUGAAACUCUCCUCUAUAAAGGAGGCAAACUCCUUCCUUCAAGCUUUGGGGUUCCCAACAGGAACUGGUCCCCCUGA